AUGUCGUGGGAUAACAUUGUUUUGUCAUUACAGGAGACGUCAAAUACAUUACUUGCAGAAAACACCAAAGCGAUUAGUACGAAAGCCAAGCCGAAGGCUAAGAACAAAGUAAAAUCGAAAAAUAUAGAUGAUGAUAGUACCAAUGGACUCAACCAGAUUUCACUGGAUGUACUUUUGAAGGUCAGCAAACAGCUAACAACGACACUAGAAGACGUUGAAAUGUUUUUGAAAGAAAAGGAUGUUUCGUUCAACACCACCUCAUUAGCCACAGAUGAAAGUAUUCACGAUUUGAUUCCCUCCAAUGAAGCUGAUGAUAUUGAUAAUGAAAAUCUGGCUUUUGAAGGAGAUUUGACUGCAGGAAGGACAGCAAUAUCUUCAAAAGAAAUGUCAGCCAAUUCUACCAGCACCAAUACCACAAUGACUUACCAAAGUGGCCUCAAUGCUAAAGGGCGCGGUAGAGGAAGACCACAAGGUUCUACAAACUCAAGACUACAAGGCUCUGGAGUUUCUGCGUCUGCUGUUUCUUCGAAGUCAUUUUCGGCCCACUCGAAUAAUACCGCCUCAACGAAUGCAGAAGCUGAUGAAGGAUCAGAUAAUACUGCAGUAAACAGCACUAAUUCGGUUGGUAAUUCUUCUUCAGCUACUGGCGCAGCUGUUUCUGAUAAACUUAUUACAAUUGGUGCCAGGUAUGGAUAUCCACCUCCACCUCCAUUGUCGUCCUACAACGGAAAAAUAGGACGCUCUUUUUACACAUCAGCAUAUAAUCCCUCCACGCCUAUCUUGCCAAACUCCCAGGUUGCAUACUGUCCAAGCAAUGGAAGAGAUGGCGCCAACAAUUUUGCAACGAUGCACAGUGAGUGGAUAUUAUGCAGAGUUUUGAGAGUGAUAAGUGAGACCAGAUUUGAAAUCCAAGAUCCAGAGCCCGACGAGAUGCAUCCACAGGGACAGGUGUUCAGAGCUAACUACAAAGAAAUCAUCUUGGUACCGUUACAUCUUGUAAGUAGCAGUAUCUCAAAGCUGAAAGAGUACAAAAGUGGGACUAGAGUCCUUGCGAAAUACCCUGAGACCACUACCUUCUACCCUGCAGAAGUGAUGGCAAGCAAACAUGGGAACUGUAUGCUUCGUUUCGAAGGUGAAGAAGAGGUUGGAAAGCUGACACCUGUUGAUCGUGUCUUUGUUUUACCGUGCCCAAAAUAG